AUGUCGCUCCUUGCGCUCUCAACCGAGAUGGAUAUGAGAAUCAUCGGAUAUCUCGACAAGAUCAGUUUAAUCCGUAUGGCGCGAGUCUCCAAGUACUAUCAAAGCAUCUGCGAACGAACCCUGUACAAGACUAUUAAGAUCAACCCAAGAGAGACACCCCAUGGACUUAGAGUACUACUACUCACUCUUCUCCGUCGAAAGAAACUCCGGCUGUUAGUUCAACGCAUCUCGGUAUCCCUCCCAGAGCCGCACCAAGGAAUUUCAGACCCAAAUUACCGCGAUAUAUCUUAUCCCGAAGAUCCCAAGGGGAGCCAUCUUUACGAUCAGCUUUGGAAACACGUCGUAGAGAUCCGGGAUGCUAUAGAUGCGCUGGUACUCCACCAACUUGCAUGUACCCAAGAAAAGACCAUUUGGCUCUCCAAGAUCUUCGAGCCUUAUCCACUCUUCGACGGGACGCUGUCGCUUAUACUCUGCUGGGCCACAAACCUGCGUACUCUCCAUAUGGAAUUAUGCCUGGAUCAUCCGCUGCGCAUGACUCGCCAUAUACUCCAGGACAUUGAUUGGGAUUCUUCAGAACCAAGUAAAACCGGACGGCCAUUCGCGAAACUCCAAUCGCUGUCAUUACAGGGCAAAGGUCUCUCUACAGUCCCGCUUGAGCUCAUGGUUUUACCCAAUAUGAAACACUUGGUCGUAGAGGGGGUCAGCUCGCCUACCGCCCUAUUGGUAUGCCCUCAGCAUAUCGAGACGGGCAACCUUCGUAAAAUCAAGCUAGCCAAUGUGAAUAUCAAUCCCGAGAUAAUCACACAGGCGAUCCAAAAUUCGCGUUACCGUGAUUUAACCUGUCUUUACUUGAAAGGUGUCGGAUGCAACCCCUGGGAAGAAGGUGGCAGCUGGGAAGUGUACGAUUACCGGAAACUGAAGCUUGCGAUGCUCGAAAACCUGCCGCUUCUGCAGGAUUUCUCCUGGCAGAAGAUGGAAUGUAACGACGAUCCAGAUUUCACUGCUUUUGGGUCCUUCGCCGAAUUCAAGAACUUGCUGUUUCUGAGUAUUGACUUGCAUCUGCUCACAGCCAUACGUCCCGAGAAGACUCCUGGAGACAAGACGCCAUUCCUGGAGGAGCUUCGUCAGAAUCUACCAUCCAAGCUGCGAAGCCUCCGCCUGUUCAACAUCAGAUUCGCCACCGUUCGAGCCCUGUACGCAGACUAUUCGGCAUUGAGGAACAUAGAGAAGGUAGCCGUGCUCAACGAAUUUGUGCAUGCUAUAAACUCGCACAGUAUCCAGGAUCUGGCGCUCUGGAUCCGGUUCCAGAGGUUUUGGCAAGUGCGGGAUGCUCAGACGGGUAUUGCCCGUUAUGAGCGACAGAUCAAUGUCUGUGUAUCCGUCAUGGAGUUUCUCCAGGCCGCGGCCGACGCAAUGGAUUACAAAGUACGGUUGGACUUCGUGUACGUUAUGCAUCCGGCGUUGCGUGAGAAACUUAUUGAUCUUGGUUUCGAUGUCCGCGAAUACUGUAAGAUGGAAUGA